CUUGCUCGCGUGUAUAAAAGGAGACGAGCUGUUGAUUAGGGUUUGGGAUUUUGUGUCGGCGCGAGCUCGCGUGCGUAUCAGUGAGAAAUGGGCGUCUUCACCUUCGUGUGCCGCAGCUCCGGUACCGAAUGGAGUGCGAAGCAGCUCGCCGGCGACCUCGAGGCAUCGGCUGCUUCGACCUUUGAUCUCCAGCGGCGGCUUGUCCAUGCGGUGCUCGGCGUUGACUCUUCGGGCGGCGUCCAGUCGUCCUUCUCAUUGGUCUCUCCGUCGUCGGCCGUCUUCCAGGUAAUUAUUGGCGGCGGAGGUGGUGGUGCUUUCAUCGGCGGUGGUGCUCCAUCAGGAGGCGCGGUUGCUGCCGGUGGUGGUGGUGCUGCUGCUCCAGAGGCACCUCCUGCUGAGGAAAAGAAGGAAGAGAAAGAGGAGAGUGAUGAGGACAUGGGAUUCUCCCUCUUUGAUUAGUUUGGAUUCCAAAAACAUUUAUGUCAUGCUCUGUUCUGAUGGUUAUUAUGUUUUGAGAGAUUUAUUGAUUGGAUUGGUGUGCCACAAUGACUCGGUUUUAUUAGACAAUGCGAAAUCUUUAGUCUAAUGGAUAUAAAA